AUGGCUGACGUCGAGAGCAAUAUCGCGGACGAGUCGUUCGCCCUCUCCGAAGCUCAGGAUGAGCAACAAACCCAUAACAUGACGGUAGGAACCAGGCGUCAGGCGAACGGUACGAUCGGUUCGGUGUACUCCGGUAACAAGAUUCGCCAUCUGAAGAAGGAGGACGGAAUCCCGCUGUGGCGGAAGGACAUCCAGCACCAGUUCCUGCGACUCGUCUUCGAGGACAAGACGCCCGUGUUCACUCGCUGGCCAGAUGGAGAAAAGGGCUUCGAUUUCGCCGACAUCUAUAUCGAUGCCAUGGCGAGGAGUAGCAAGACUAGUAAGAUCUUGAAGGAUAAGCUUCAGAGCGAUAAGCAAGCGGCCAUCAGCAUGGCGAUGUUGACUUGGUACAAUAUUGACACAAGGGCCUCCUUAGUCUUUCCAGAGAUGCGUGCUCAGCUCCGAACCUACCACUCCAUCCCCUCGCUGCAAGCGCAUCAGGACCCGAAUGCCUACAAGCAACUCCAGGAUGCGCCUCGUCUGAAGUCCAUCCUCAAGGGUGCCUCGGAAGACGUCGACCAGCCCAAUACGCUCGAGAAGAUCAAGGCCCAGGCCGUUCCGCGCACGAACCCAGUCAACCUCAUCUUCGUCCUCGCUCAAUACGCACCAAAGGUGUCAGAAAUGCAUUUCUUCCCUCCGCGCGAUUUCUUCGAUUUAGUCAUGCGUUCCAAUUUGAGCAGCAAAAGCCGCGCGCGCGCUUUUCUAUGGCUGAUGUGGUGGUAUCUCGAAAGCGAUUUUACUGCCGAAGCCGCUCGCAAUAACCCAUUUGGUCCCGGUGUCGAUGGCGAAGGGACCGGCGGUCUCCCCAUCAAGGUCCCUAACUUUGAGAUCCUCACGGAGAAACAGGCAGACGAGGAGAACGUUGAUACGCCAUCAGAGAUUGAGUAUGGAGAAAUCAAGCGCUUAGAACGGAAACGUAUCUUGGAAGAGGAUGAUCCGCUGCCCAGAGCACCAAAACCCAAGUCACGUCGCAAGAAAGGCCCCGGUGACUUUCUUCCAUACGAACAUGAGCCUGAUGAUCGGUAUUCACUCUCGGGGUCAUUCAUGUAUGGUUCCCGUAAGGACGAUGAGGGACCUCAGACGCCCUCGCGGUCUCAGAGAGAAUCGCCGAUCAGCCGGUCCACGGGCCACCAGCGUCUUAUCCUGAAGACCAAGAUGGAGCAUACGCCCGAUGCAUCCUCACCGGCACCUCCCGGUUCGGGCCACCCUGUCCUUAGCCGCUUUGCCGCAGACUCCGCUUCCAACGCGCCUACUACCUCCCGGCGACCCCGACCACUUACCCAACACCAGUUGGCGGUUGAGCAGAAUCGUCGCCAGCGGAUUGAAUAUCUCCUGGCCAAGCGGAAAGGAGAGGCUUAUCGGAUACUCCGUGCCAAGCGAGAGAGUGAAAUCCCUUUUGCUCGUUAUGGUCGGUUAUUGCAGAGCCUCCCUGAAGGCUACGACACGGAAGAUGAGGAGAACUCGUGGGGGAAAGGCGGAUUGCUCCCCAAUCCUGAAGAAGAGGAGGAUUUUGGCGAGUGUGCCAACUACUAUCUAUCGGUGAUUCGUAAGGCUGCGCGGCGACUGGACCGGUGGGACUACGAGAAUGCCAACGGGCCCAAACGAGACCGCAAGAAAGAACGAGAGGAGCGGCAGCGAGCGCGGCAGAGUAUGGCCCUUGAAAGUGUCUUGGAUGCCACUGGCCGUGCUCCCACAUCGGCUCGUAGCCGGGCACGAGCGGCGCGCAACGCCCGACGCCGACUUGCUGAAGCUAACGCAGAGGCUACGGGGGCGGGUACUCCUCAGGACGCGGCCGCAUCCGCAUCUCGCUCCAAGAGCAACCGCAGUCGCGCUAACCGUGACGGCGCAGGAGAUGCUCGUGCGACUGGUGAAGCCAGCAAGGAAGAUGGAGUUGGGGCAUCGCGGGAGAUGUCACCGAUGCACGCCUCUGGGCACCUUGGGGAUGAGGAUGUGGACAUGGAAGGUGAGGAAGGUCUCGAUGACAUCGAUCCGGACGGUGGCUAUGAAGACAGCUUCAUGGGCGAGGCGGGUGAUGAGGAAGGGGACGCGCUCUCGUCCGACGAGGAUGACGACGAUCUGGACGAAGGAGAAGGCGACGGGGACGAGAACUCGUCUACGUUUGAAGGCGGCCACGCCAGCGAGACCUCCUCCGUGGCCGGAGAUGUGGGUGAUCGCGGCGCAGAGACCAGUGAUGCUGCUGGAGUUGUGGACAAGGACGAGCCCAUGGAGGAUUAA